AUAGCCGAGGCGGAGCCGCGGAGGAGGCGGUGCUGCUUCGCUUCGCUUCGCUUUGCGGGAGGGAAAGUCGGCCAACCUUCCCGCUGCCGGCGUCGGCGUCGCCGUCGGUCGCGUCCCCGCCGCCCGCAGCCGCAGGCACCGCCGCCCCCUCGCUCCUCCUCUCCGGCGAGCUCGGCGACCCCCUCGCCACGGAAUCCGCCGCUCCUCCCGCUUCCGCACGUCCGCGGGUGCAGAGAUACCUCGUCAUGUCAGCUGCUGUAGAUAGUGCACGGAAGAGGUGCAGCUGUGGCAGCUCCAAAUGGCAGAACUUGAGCACCAAAUGCCUGAACUUAAAGUGCAGUUGUUUCAAGGAUGGUGUGCAUUGCAUGCGUGGGCGAUGCAAGUGCAAGGGCUGCGAGAACAAUCCGUAUGACCUGGCCUAUGAGGGUGGCAAGGGGUGCACGUGCAAAUCCAACAAAUGCAAAAUCAUGACCUGUGGUUGCCGGGAGCGCGGGGCCAGGUGCACCUUAGAAUGCAGUUGCCAAGGGUGCGAGAAUGGAAAAGGGACCGGAGGGGAAGCAGCCGAUAAGUCCAAUGCUGGACCAGGCGGGCAGGGAGGUACCAUCAGCAGCGGCGAGGCCGUCGAACCGUCCAGCAAACGGCCAGAACUCAAGUGAUGACACUAGGCUUGAGACAUACCAGAGCAUGAUGCAAGUCACCUUACAUGCUUACCAUCCUUGUAAUGAUUACUCGAAGCAAGAACGGCGAGAACUCCAUGAUCUGCGAUGUCGUUAGCCUCAGUCUCAGGGGGCUCUUGAUCAGACUGAUAGAUACUUGAUACCCCGUCUGUAACAUUUUAUAAGACGUUUUGAGUCCAUGAUAGUGUCAAAAAAACGUCUUAUAUUAUGUUACGGAGGGAGUACAUAUAUACUCCUGUAGGAAUAGUUGCCCUCAUCGGUUGCCGUCCAUACUCCAUACAUACUCGUUCUUAUGCAUACAUACUUGCUGCAAAUGAUUUCUCUCGUAUAAACUUUAGGAUUAAUUCUGAUGGUGUUUGAAAUCCAAA